AACGCCAUUGUGAGCCGUAAGGGCAGACGCGGGUCGGAUACCACACCAGUCAUGGCGCAAACAGCAGACAUGCCCACAUUUAAAUGUGUUCUUUUGGGGGAUGGUGGCACUGGCAAAACCACAUUUGUCAAGCGUCACCUGACUGGAGAGUUUGAGAAAAAAUAUGUGGCUACACUUGGUGUGGAAGUUCACCCUUUGGUAUUCCAUACAAACAGAGGAGCCAUCAGGUUUAAUGUGUGGGAUACUGCGGGACAAGAAAAGUUUGGUGGUCUGCGUGAUGGUUAUUAUAUUCAGGGCCAGUGUGCCAUUCUGAUGUUUGAUGUCACAUCAAGAGCCACCUACAAGAAUGUCCCCAACUGGCACAGAGACCUGGUCAGAGUGUGUGAAAACAUUCCCAUUGUACUCUGUGGCAACAAGGUGGACAUCAAAGACAGGAAGGUGAAGGCAAAGUCCAUCGUCUUUCAUCGCAAGAAGAACCUGCAGUACUAUGACAUCUCAGCCAAGUCCAACUACAACUUCGAAAAGCCUUUCCUAUGGCUGGCGAGGAAGCUGAUUGGUGACCCGAACCUCGAGUUUGUGGCCAUGCCUGCACUGGAGCCGCCGGAAGUCCAGAUGGACCCGCAGUGGCAGAAGCAGAUCGAGAGCGAGCUGAAGGUCGCCACCGAGACGGCGCUACCCGAAGACGACGAGGACCUGUGAGCGGUGCUGCCGCUGUGUCCGCACCAUGCCUCCGUUGCCACGCACCCAUAGAGCGGCGCUGGGCUGCAUUCCUCCGCGGGCCGUGCCUAAUCACCUGCUCUCUUGACUUAGUUCCAGGCUAACGUCCCUGCGCACUUCUGCUGUGCCGCACGCGUCUGUGUCAACGCCGCCAUAAUCAGCAGGACGUGACAUUGCGGUUGAAUGUUCUUGUUCAUUGAUAACGUGCCGACGAUGGCAAAUAAACCAUGUAAUUUUCGCCUGGC